GAUUGGUAUAUUUUGGAAUACCAAACGAAAAAGUGACAGAUCACCGUCAAGAGCCGCUGAGCUCCCAGAAACAAAUCGUUUAUUUACUAAUUACGGUACAUCAUGGAUAUGCUAAACAAAUUGAAAUCCACUGUGAGCACCACUGUCUCACAGCUCUCUGGUGUCUUACCUGGUAAUCCCGUGACUCGCGAAUACGAAGUCGGGAAGCUGAUCGGUUCAGCCGGGCCGGAUCUCCUGUGGAAAAUAUUCAGUGGCUACAAGAAGUCCACCAAGCAAGAGGCCUCCAUCUUUGUCUUGGAAAAGAAAUUGCUGGAAAAAUAUUCUAAAAAGGACCGUGAUCAAUUAGUGGAAGUGCUCCGUAGAGGAAUAGCCCAGCUAACACGUCUGAGGCAUCCUCAGGUGUUAACAGUGCAGCAUCCCGUGGAGGAGAGCAGAGAAAGCUUGGCGUUUGCCACAGAACCUGUUUUUGCUUCACUGGCUAAUGUUCUUGGAUGCCAUGAAAACAUUAACCCAGUUCCCCAGCAGUUGAGGAACCACAAACUUUUUGAAGUUGAAAUCAAAUAUGGUCUCCAACAGUUGAUUGAGGGGCUCAUUUUCCUCCAUAAUGAUGUUAAACUUCUGCAUUGCAACAUAUGUCCAGAAUCCAUUGUUGUUAAUCAACAAGGUGCCUUUAAAAUUUUUGGUUUUGACUUCUGCACAUCCAGCCAAGAUCCUACAAGUAAAUUAUGGCCAGUCAGAGAACCAGACCCUGAACUUUCUCAUGUGUCACAGCCAAAUCUAGAUUAUUUGGCUCCCGAACUGGGCCGUAAUCACCGAAGGCACGGCAAUGGAGCAAACACGAUUGGUUGUGGGGCUUCUGCCGACAUGUAUUCACUAGGUUGCGUUAUCGUCAGCAUCUAUCAGAACGGCAAGAGCCCAUGGCAAAUGGACGGUGACGUCGAGUGUUUCUAUCGACACGCCGGUUCACAUUCCCAAUCUCUGCAACGUAUGGAGGGCGUACCACCCGAUUUAGUGGAUCAUGUUCGGUCCCUCCUACACCCUACACCUGAACAACGGCCUGACGCCCACCAGCUAGUUAAAAUCAGCUGGUUUGACGAUGUCGGAGUAAAAACACUCAAUUAUCUUGAUUCACUCUUCCAAUGGGAUAAUCUCCAGAAGUCCCAGUUUUUUAAAGGUUUGCCCCAGAUUCUACCGCGACUUCCAGAGCGGGUAUGUCUGCACAGAGUAAUGCCCUGCUUGGCCAAAGAAUUUGUCAACCCGUCCAUGGUGCCAUUCAUUUUGCCAUGUUCACUUCACAUCGCGCAGGAAGCGAGCAAGGAGAACUAUGUCGCGCACAUUUUACCACAUCUCAGGCCCGUCAUGAAGAUGCAAGAGCCUGUCCAGAUUUUGCUGAUAUUCAUGCAACGAAUGGAACUUUUACUUCAAAAGACGCCCCCGGAAGAUGUCAAGUCCGACGUGUUGCCCAUGAUAUACCGAGCACUAGAGGCUGAAGCGGCCCCACAGAUCCAGGAGCUCUGCUUAAGCGUCAUACCCAGUUUUGCAUCGCUCAUUGAUUAUCCAGCUAUGAAAAACGCAUUGAUGCCUCGCAUCAAGAAACUGUGCCUUCUGCCAUCAGGUCAGUUGUCUGUCCGUGUCAACUGCCUCAUUUGCAUAGGGAAACUACUGGACAACGUCGAUAAGUGGCUGGUACUGGAUGACAUUUUGCCCAUGCUUCCUGCAAUCCCAUCCAAGGAUCCAGCCGUGGUCAUGGCUGUCCUGGGUGUGUAUAAGAUGGCUUUGGAACAUCCCCGACUGGGCAUACCCAAAGAAGUUAUUGCCACGCAAAUUGUGCCGUUUUUAUUCCCACUCCUAGUCGAACCAGGACUUUCCUUGACUCAAUUCCGGGCGUUAGUCUCGACGAUCAAAGAGAUGUUGGCCAAAGUGGAAGAAGAACAAAAGAGCAAGUUAGAAAGUGUGGCUGCCUUGCAAGAAGAACAGCGUACCGCACUUGGGAAUUUAGCGUUGAACGAUUCGUCGUCACAAAAUUCGACUGCCAGCGGAGGAGCUUCAACUGCCUCAUCGGCGAAUAAUUCGGCCGUGUCGCAACAAAUCGAUGCACUAUUUUCCCAAUUAUCAACCUCUAGCGAGACAACUAAAGUCAAGCAAACGACUGCGGCUACUCCCGCGAUGGCCAGUAGUAAUGUUGUUGCUAACAGCCGGAUCGAUUCCGGCAUAGUAGCGCCGGCCAUUGCUAUGCCGAAGUCGGGCAUGAUGUCGUUACGAUCUGCGCCCAACAGCACUCCAACAACCUGGAAUAACAACAACGUUAACGGUACACGAGCAAACACGACAGCAGCGAAUAAGGAUCCAGUCAGUUCCAUGAUUCACUCAAAUUUGAGUGCCAUGGGAGGAAUGGGGGGCAUCCGACCAGCUAAUCAAUGGGCUCCGCCAAGCCAAGCGGUUCCUUCGCCUGCGUGGAAUCACAAUCCAGCUGCCGCCCCAAUUCAACAGCCGCAAAUGAGAAUGAUGGCCACUCCACUGGUUCCACAAAACCAACAGUUUACCCAACAAAAUCCUAUGAUGACCGUCAUGAUGCCGCAAUCGACUUUUUCCCAGCCCAUCAGCCCCAUGGCGCCGACGACACCAGCGGCAUUCCGGCCACUCGCUCGCUCCGAUAUCGACGAUUUGCUAAGUUAAAUUUAAUGAAUUUCUUUUUUCUACUACCGAGUCAAAAAAGAGAAAGGGGAAGGAUCCCCUUUUCUGACUAUUUACGUGUCAUUACUAGACCUUAAUGUUGUACGUGUAUACAAAACUAACUUACUCCGAUGGAAUAUACUGUGAUGUCUGUCCGCUUCAACUAUUGCCUCUUUUUUGUCUCCUUUGGCGUUGCCUACUAAUAAGAUGAUUUGAUUACACAUUUAUAUAGAUAAAAAAAAAAAAGAAUCAAAAAUAAACAAACAAAAGAAAAUCUUGUGUUGGUUUGUUAACCGUCAGUCACUGGUGAGACAGCGGGGAAAAUGAUGGAGACAAAUACGACGUUUCUUCUGAUUAAAGAGUGAAGGCUUUCUUUUUCUUUUUUUCUUGUGUUUGUACUGUGCAGAGCAAAAUAAUAAUAUACCAUUUCCGGCUACUGACGAGAGAAGGAAACGCAACGGGCCAGAAGGUGGGAGAAUCGUAGCGAGGAAUCUUUGGCUUCAACACUGUACACACGCAAACACGCCACGUACCACAA